AGAAAACGAAAUAUAUAUAAAUUUACGCUGGAAUUUCAGGGAUCCGAGGAGUUUAGUGACCACGAAGACAGCUACGACUGGAUUACCACUGACGAGCGGGCACGCCUGCUACCACAGAAGAGCGGGAAAUCGGGAAACUCGGGCUUGCGGCCCAAAAUACGCCAGUUGACUUCUAAUCUGCUUAACUCGGAGGAGAUCCGGAACGUUGCACGCGGCCUACGUCAACCCAGCUACCAAAAACUGUUCCCGUUGGAGAGGCAACCGAAGAGCACCCAGAAGUACGCAAAGACCAUGUCGGCGGCACCCUCAACAUCCUCCGUGGGCGAUGCUGCGGCCGCCCUGUCCGGCAAUCUUCAGCUGCCGCCGCUUCGCACCCUCGAUGACUUCAUCUUGGGCUCGGCCCGUUUCCAGCUGCCCAAUCUCAAGGAUUUCGAGAAGUGGGGCAACCGGGUGGUGAAGAAUCUGUUGUACUAUCAAACCAACUACUUUCUGCUCUUCCUCACCAUUUACGUGGUGAUGGUGGUCUUCAAUCCGGCCAAGAUCAUCAGCGGUCUGCUGGUGCAGGCUCUGAUCAUAGCCGUGAUCUGGCAGUUCUUCAGUGGCAAGUCAAAGUCCAAUUUCAUUGCCAGCCGAUUGACGGGCGGCAAUGCCAAUGCUGCAGAGCAGAAUGCCCAGCAAAAGUGGUACAUCCUGGCUGGAGCCCUCCUUGGCGGUUACCUUUUCCUGCAUCUGAUCAGCGCUGUCCUGCUGACGGCCUUCACCCUGCUGCUGCCCAUUUCGGUGACCUUCAUUCACGCCUCCCUGCGUCUGCGCAACAUUAAGAACAAGCUGGCCAACUCCAUCGAGAGCUUUGGCCCUCCACGCCCAUGGGAUCUCUGUUGGACGCCCUUAAUGUCCGGGCCGAUGGAGUAUUUAAUUAGGUGCUAGCACAGCCAUUUGCCGUAUGACGGAAAUUGAGAAAAUCACGUUUAUAUCCCUUAUCCCUUGUCAAUGUUGAUCUUUGCAAAACAAAAAAAAACCCCCGUAUUAUAAUCGAUUUGAUCUUUAUUUUUGUAUUGAACUAUGAUUUUAUUACCAAAAUGUACUCAGCUAUAACGAUUGUCAAUAAAGUUUUCCCAGAAAA